AUGCCUUCACUACCUGGAUUUUCUGACAACUCGUUUGAUACGAAGGAAAGUGUAUCAAAAGCCGCAAGAGCACUUCUGCAGCCGCUGAUACCGUAUUUUUCAUCAGCAAAAGCACGAAUUAGACUACCAAUUGCGUCUGGCGCACACUUCGACGAGAAUGCUGCGGAUUUGGAAGGCUAUGCUCGUCCUUUGUGGAUAGUUGCUGCACUUUUGGCAGAUUCGAGGGGGGAGGACAAUCAAACAGCCUCGACAUCUCCUCUUGACUCAUGGGUAGCCGGACUUAGACAUGGCAUUGAUCCUUCUCACGACGAAUAUUGGGGUGCCAUUGGAGAUUGGGAUCAGAGAAUGGUGGAAGCCGAGAUAAUCUCCUUUGCCCUGCUGACAGCUCCUGAUUUCUUCUAUGACCCUCUCGACGCAAGCGACAAAGCAAAUUUGGUCAAUUGGCUUAGCGGAUUGAAUGGAAAGGUGAUGCCAGAAAACAAUUGGCGCUGGUUCCGAGUGUUAUCCAAUCUGGCACUUAUCAAAGUUUGUGGUGUGGAAUACACAUCACUUUGGCCAUUCAUUCAACAGGACCUCGAAACCCUGGAAAGCUUUUACAUGUCAGACGGUUGGGCAUCCGAUGGUGUUUGGAGACCAGCUUCAGAAGAUCCGAAUGAAGAGGGCGCUGCCGCAAACGCCAGUCGCGGUCGUCAUGCAGACUACUACUCUGGGAGCUUUGCCCUUCAGUUCAGUCAGAUGCUGUACUCAAAAUUCGCAAGUGACCUGGAUCCAAGCAGAUGUGCCAUCUUUAGGGAGAGAGCAAGACAGUUUGCACGCAAGUUUUGGACAUACUUUGAUGAAGAUGGGGCUUCAAUUCCAUUUGGCCGAUCGCUCUGCUAUAAAUUCGCCAUGGGCGGAUUCUAUGCAGCUUUUGCAUACUCUGGGCUCUGUGACGACUCUGAUGAGUUUACAUCGCAUGGGGCUGUCAAGGGAAUGCUUCUUAGACACUUGCGUUGGUGGGCAACUAACUCAGAAAACAUAUUUUGGCCAGACGGAACGUUAAACAUUGGGUAUCUGUACCCGAACAUGUAUCUGAGCGAAGACUACAACUCUCCCCAGUCGCCAUAUUGGGCACUCAAGUCCCUGAUAGUGGUGGCCCUGUCGGAAGACGAUCAAUUUUGGUCUGCAAAGGAGCUAUGUCAUCCUCUGAGUCGGGAUAAAAGUCCGGUACGCUCUGCCGAGAACGAUGUGAUGGCCAUCGAACCAGCUAGGCAGAUCGUAUGCAACCAUGGCAAGGGCAAACAUCAUUUUCUCUUGUCAUCCGGCCAAUUCUGUGUGUGGCCCAUGAAGGCAACGCAAGCCAAAUAUGCCAAGUUUGCGUAUUCUUCUGCCUUUGGAUUCAGUGUGCCUACAGGUUCAUUAAUCACUCAGAUUGCACCAGACAGUAUGCUGGCAUUGAGUAAAGAUAAGGGCGAAAGUUGGGCUGUACGUUGGGUGUCUACCGGCGAGACAAAGUUUACUCCUGUUCCUAUCAUUAUAGGUGAACAACGUCAACAGACAAUCAUGGGGAUGGCUAAUCGUUGGCGGCCGUGGUCGACGGGAGAUGUGGAAGUCGAGACAACACUAAUUCCACCUUGCUCGAAUUGGCCAGAUUGGCAUGUUAGAGUUCAUCGCAUUCGUGCUAACAGCGACUCUUCCCUCACUUCGUUUGAUGCAGUAGAGGGAGGCUUCGCAAUUGAUGGUAGACAAAAGGGCAACAGACGCAUCAUUCAGAAACUCAAAGGGCAAUCCGAGCAGGCGCUCACGUCGUUAGCACUUCAAGAUGACGAGGUCGCAUUGGAAACAGUGGACUCAUCUCUCGUCUUAUCGUCCGCAGGUGCGAGUGGAAUCUUCAACCUCCCUUCUGUGCCUCUGGAUACUCUACAAUCCACUGGUGAAGUACAGAAGCCUGAUCCAAACACGAACUUAAUUACGCCACGAACUCUGCUUCCAACUAUUAGGCAUGCCAGUUCGAGUUGGCCGAAUGAAGAUAUUGUGAUUAUAACGGCAGUGUUUGCCAUAUCUUACAAGGGUAAUAAGAUGACCAUGGCGGAUAUUCAAGAGAGAUGGUCCCAUCGACCCCAAGUCAAGCUCAAUGCAUUGUCCGGCUUGAGUCUACACUGA